UAGCUCCGUAUAAAUAUCCAAACAACACUCUUCCAAAAUUACAAAACUACUUCACAUUUCCACUCCUCCCAAAAUAUUCCCCAAUUAUCUAGUAUUCAAUUUCCAUCAAAGAUAAAUCAAAUAGAGCAGUAAGUCAUUUUGCUAAUACAAAUGGAAUCCGCAACCACUCUGGGAGUGAACGGAACCAUCGUCUUUACCACCAUCGGCCGCAUUGAUUACGGCUUCGACAUCUUUUCAGUCCCCCUCCACCCCAUCUCCACCUCCACUGCCACCGAGCACCGCCUUACUGAUGGCACCACUGUCAACUUCAACGGUCAGUUUGUAGACGACAACAACUCCCUUGUCUUCAUUUCUGAACGAACUGGCUAUCCUCGUGUUUACCUUACCGGACCCGGUUCCAACAAUCCACCAGAGCAGCUUCCCUCUGCUCCGGGAAGCCUCUUCCACGACCGUCCUAUCCUACAUGGCAACCGCCUUUUCUUUGUAUCUGCUCAUCAACCUUCCGAAUCACUCUAUAAGAGCUGGUCUGCUGUUUACUCUGUCUCAAUUGAUAAUCAUAAUCAAACCAAUGAUGAUCAGAUUAAUCGGUUGACCCCAUACGGUGCCGUUGAUUACAGUCCGGCUAUUUCAAUCUCCGGUGAGUUUGUUGCUGUUGCUUCGUAUGGGUCCAAACCUUGGGGUGGCGAAUUCCACGAGCUUCACACUCAGAUUGUUGUUUUCCCUGUAACUGACCCAAAUAAACGCACCGUUUUAGCUGAGCGUGGUGGGUGGCCCACUUGGUCCGGCGAUUCUGCUAUCUACUUUCACCGUCAAUCUGAAGACGGUUGGUGGAGUAUUUACCGAGUUGCUUUCCCUGCCACCGAGUCUCCACUCCGAGUCACUCCCCCAGGUGUCCACGCUUUCACUCCCGCAGCAAUGCACGAUGGAAAGAAGAUCGCCGUUGCUACUCGCCGGAAGGAUAAAGCCUAUCGCCAUAUCGAGAUUUUUGAUACAGAGUCAGGGGAAUUCGAACCAGUUACCGAGUUGCUAAACCCAGAAUUACACCACUACAACCCGUUUGUUUCCCCGGGUUCAAAGUUCCUGGGAUACCACCGAUUUCGGGGCGGUUCAAACUCCGGUGAGCAAAAGGGGGACAAAAUAAUCCCCAACCUGGAACCAAUUGUUUCUCCAAUCAAGUCCCUGAAAAUGGUGAGACUCAACGGCUCAUUCCCUUCAUUUUCCCCCGACGGGAACUUCCUUGCAUUUAACCCAGACUUCGAAACAGGCGGAGGGGUGAAGAUCAUGAAAUCAGAUGGCUCCAAGAGGUGGACAUUGAUUAAAGGACGGGUCGCCUUCUACACCUCCUGGGCCCCAUGUUUAUCAGAUAAGAAGAAGCAUGUCAUCUUCACGUCGUUGGGUUCAAUCUUUCAGCCUGCCAGAGUAACCGUACAGGUAGCUCGCAUUACUUUCGAUGCUUCAAGCCUUGAUCCUCGUUGUGAAAACAUCGAGAAUGCUGAGAUUAAGAUCAUGACCAAUGAGGAAACGGGCAAUAACGGUUUUCCGGCGUGUUCGCCUGACGGGAAAUUGGUAGUUUUCCGAUCAGGUAGAUCGGGUCAUAAGAAUCUUUACGUAAUGGAUGCAGUAGACGGAGAAGUUGACGGAGGUAACAGUGCCCGUCAGAUAACGGAGGGGGCGUGGGUUGAUACUAUGCCCAGUUGGUCACCGGAUGGACAGGUGAUCGCUUUUUCCUCAAACCGGCAUGACCCGAGUAACCCGGUAACCUUUGGGAUAUACUUGAUUCGGCCAGACGGGUCGGACUUAAGAAGAGUACACGUGGAAGGAUCGAGUGAUUCAGACAUGGAGCGGAUAAACCACGUGUGCUUUAGCCCGAAUGGAGAGUGGUUGUUAUUCACCACCAACAUGGGUGGGGUUACGGCGGAGGCAGUUAGUUUUCCGAACCAAUUUCAACCAUACGGGGAUCUUUUUAUUGUCAAGGUGGAUGGAAGUGGGUUGAGAAGGCUGACGUGUGACGGAUACGAGAACGGAACACCUGUGUGGCAUUCUAAUGGAGAGCUUGACAUUGAAAUAGGAAACUUGUCAUUGAAUGGGAAUGUUGAGGUGGAUGGUGAUGAAUUGAAAGGUUUGCAGCCCAAGUAUUUGGGGCUACGAUGUCACCGACUCUAGGUCGGUUUAAGGCACGACACAACAUCAAAAAAACCCUUUAUUACACAAGCAUGACAAGACACUUACAUGAAACAGCGGGCCUUGUGUGGAACAUCUUUUUUUAUAUAAAAAGCGCGGCAAAUUACGUUAAUUGAGUGACAUUGAACUCUUCACGGCACAAAACGACACGAGAAUACACGUACUUGGUCGUGUCUGUGACGAUAUUUUGAAAAUUUUGACUCGACACAUACAAAACUUUUGCGUGAUCCAGGAGCUUAUCAGGCCCAUUGGGCCAAAUUAUGUAAACUCAACACCAGACACAACUUGACACGAGCACCGCACAACCCACUCCCAUCUUGACACGAGCACUUCCCGGUACAAAACGAUACGAGAACGCACGUACUUGGUCGUGUCUGUGACGAUAUUUUGAAAAUUUUGACUUGACUCAUACAAACCUUUUGCGUAAUCCAAGAGCUUAUCGGGCCAAAGUAUGUAAACUCAGCACAAGACACAGCUUGACACACCAAUCUUUAAUUCGUGGUCUCGCGGUCUAUGUACAAUGUGCCUACGUCACCAAAGUUGUCCCGUGGCUUUGUACGACUAAAAC